CGUGCAUGCGGUCAAAAAUCAGUACAAUGGAAAAUACGGUAGCGAUUAUAUGACACACAUGUAUAGGCUCAACGUACUUAAUUGAAGCAAUAUAGUAAUUUAAAGAGCAGCACAGAAGAAGCGAAUGGGCUGUUUGUAUUGUGUUUAAACGGACUUUAUACCACAUGUUGCCACGAAAGAAGACGGUGCCUUGAUACACGUGGGUUCUGAUCAGAAGUAAAUGUCACCGUUUUCCCACAUGUGACGUUGAACCCCAUCGACUACAGCAUUUCAACAAGGUAAUUCUUCAAGUGGAUUUAAUCAAGCGAAAGAAGACCACACUAACACAGUAUAUAACAGUUGUUGUUUGGAUCUACUUCAAGUGAAUACCAUCGAGAGAAAGAAUACCACACUAAACACAGGAGUUGUUUGGACCUACUUCAAGUAUAUAAGGUCAAGUAAAAGAAGACCACACUAUAACUGUAUAAAUUAUAACAGUAGUUGUUUGGAUCUACUUCAAGCGAAUACCGUCAAGUAAAAGAAUACCACAACAAAACAGGAGUAAUUUUCCAGGAUCUAAUUCAAGGGAUAGAGGACCACUCUAGUAGGGUGUAUACUACUAGACGUACUGUUCGGAAUGGAAACGGAAGUAAAGAUGACCUCGCAGGAUGCUUUUCUAGACAAGCAUGGUGGAAAAGAGAGAAGGAAUGUGUUCGUACUAUCAGCGUCCUUUACUGCGAUAUUUACUGCCUAUCUGGCAAUUCAAAACCUGCAGAGUAGCUUGAAUCAGGCGGAUGGACUGGGGAUCAUUUCCUUGUCUUGUAUGUACGCCUGCAUCAUCCUCUCAGGAAUUCUUGCACCGUCCAUUAUUGGUUUCCUCGGAGAAAAGACGGUUAUCGUCGUUUCUUUCAUCUGUCAUGUGGUGUACACUUGCACCAACUUUUAUCCCACGUUUGCCACACUGAUCCCCUCUUCCGUUUUACUCGGACUCACAGCGGGACCGAUGUGGACAUCCCAAAGUGUUUAUCUCUCGGACAUGGCCUACUCGUACGCUGGCAGAAAGAAUAGCGAUAGCCACACGAUUCUGAGCAAGUACAAUGGGAUUUUCUUCGCUAUGUACGAGACCACACAAAUUACAGGAAAUCUGAUAUCCUCGAUAGUACUGCAACAAGGAACGUAUAAUUAUACAAACACAAACGAAACAGUUAAGUUUUGUGGCCGCUACGGUUGCCCAAAAGAAGUAAACGGUACGUCGAUUGAGGAACCGGAGACCAAAGUUGUUUAUAUUCUUCUUGGUGUUUUCCUUGUCAUAGAUGUUGUCGGAGUUCUGCUUGCAAUAUGCUUUCUUCCAUCAAUACGCAAGCCGACAACUCGUAAAGGCAGCGACAUUUUGAAAUCCCUUAUAUCCUGCGGAAAGGGCCUAUGCGAUGUGGAUCUUGCCAUGCUUGUGCCGCUCAUUAUGUUUAUGGCCAUGGAACAAGCAAUUUUGUGGACCGACUAUACAAAGUCUUUCAUCAGUUGCCCUAUUGGUAUCCAGAAGAUAGGUUUCGUUAUGGCUGCUUAUGGGGCAUCAACAACAUUCUUUGCUAUGACACUCAGUCAAAUAUCUAAGUACACGGGAAGAUACGUUCUGUUUGGCCUUGCCGGACUGGUCAACUUGGGCAUUCUGGUCACCUUAUACAUUUGGAUUCCUUCAGCUGAUAACAUUGCUGUAAUAUUCAUCAUUCCUGUGAUAUGGGGUUUGGCGGAAGGGAUUUGGCAAACACAGUCAAAUGCGCUCAUCGCACUUUUAUUUGCGGACAAGAAGGACGCAGCGUUUGCCAACUACCACACAUGGAAAGCCAUCGGUUUCACAGUGACGUUUGUCUACAGCAACUUCCUUUGCGUCUCCACGAAGCUUGUUGUAGCUAUUGGCUUGUUGGUGGCCGCCAUGUUGUUGUACGCUAUUGUUGAAUUCCGAGUCCGGUCAAGAAAUGAAAGAACGUAUAGGAUAUAAAGAGACUUACAAGAUAACUGUUUUGUUUCAAAUAAAAAAUAUUAAAAGCAUGGAAGACAGUUUUUUUCCUUAUAUUUUUGAAAUGAAAAACGUACGUAAAGGCCAUGGACGUCGUCUACGCUCUGAAGAGACAUGGCUCUGUACAAAUGAUUCCAAAAAGAGUGUUUGGUUGAAAAGGGAAAAAAAAACCUGUAGAAUUGACCACCUUAACAUGGCCUUCGAGUCAUUUGCAGUCCAAACUGUUGGAUACUGAUGCAUGUGAAGUCGACCCAUUGAUUUGCUGCGUACUACAUGCCAUAGCCAUGUGUCCUUGUAAGGAACCAAUCAUGGCGUCCGUUUAUAGAGACAGUAAUAAUGUGAACUCAGUGGGACUAGAACCUAAGAAACUUAGAUGGUAGGCGGUCACCUAUACCACAAGACCAUCUCACUCCUCGUCAUCGCAUGCAUACUAUCCAUUUUACGUGUUCUUAAAUUAAGAGCAAAGAUAUCAACGGAUUGUCCAUACACUUUACUUUGCAUACAUAAUUGAAUGUACAUAUAUUUAUAUAAUUGGCAGUGUUUGUUACGGAAAAUUUAGUUUUAUCUUCAAAAUGUUUGUGUUAUUGUACAUCGAAUUCGGUAUGAUAAACAACCAACGUGUAAUACAUUA